UUACCUUCUUCUUGUGAAGCUCAAUCUUUCUGCUUUGUAAGAGAGGAAAAAAAAACUGAAAAUAAUAAUAAUAAAAAGGCAGCAAAUAAUGUCCCAAUCAAACCCUAGUUUCCCUCCCAAAUCUCUGACCAAAUCGUUCAUGGCUCAGAACCAAGUCAUGGACUCACUCACUUCCCACAUCUCGCUCUACCAUUCCCUCUCCCACGAUCCCAACCCUAAACCUAACACCAAUCAAAGGUCUUCAAUCCUCAAAUGGUUCUCGUCUCUCACCGUCCAUCAGCGCCUAGGUCACCUCACGACCGUCGAUUUCACGUUCACCCAGCUCCUCAUCCAAAUGCUCGGCAAGCUUCGUGCGCGUGGCCACGGCUACUUCAUUAUCCUUCCUGAUCUUCCCUCGCGCGAUCCUCCCUUCCUCCCGGGCCUCUGUUAUAAACAGUCACGUGGUCUCCUCUCUAGGGUUGCCCAGUCCGAUGAGUCGGAACUACGAGUUUUUGAGUCGAUUCGGUUGUUCGGAUCCAGAGAAGGUGAGAAAAUCGACGAGUGUUCGUGUUCGGUGAAUAGUCUCGAUUCCAUGACGGUGGCCGAAGAGUUGGUUGAAAAUGUGGAACGGUUUGUUGAGACCAUGGAUGGAGUAUCAAACGGUGCGUUUCUGAGAGGGGAAGAGAGCGAAUUGGUGUCGGAUUGGACUGAGCUAGAGUGGUUAAAAUCAAAAGGGUAUUACAGUAUCGAGGCUUUUGUUGUAAAUAGAUUAGAGGUGGCGUUGAGAUUGGCGUGGCUGAAUUGUAAUAGUGGGAAGAGAAGAGGGGUGAAGUUGAAAGAGAAGAUGAAAGCUGCAGGGGUAGCUGUAAAUGUGUAUUGGAGAAAGAAAGGAUGCUUGGAUUGGUGGGUCAAUUUGGGUGAUGCAAUGAGGAAGAAAGUAUUUAAUACGGUUUUCGGGAAAGCUGCUAAAUCUCUGAUUUUCGAGGUACUGAAGGCAGCAGGUAGUGCCUCAGAGGAUGAGAUGUGGCUUUUUAAUGCAGGAACAGUGGAGCGACCUUUGAGGUAUACCAAUUAUGGUGAAAAACUGUUUGGAACCACCCUAAAUCCCCUGGAGGAUGCAGAAUUUGGCGUUACUAUUACUGCAAAUUCUCGUUCUGGAAAGCCUACUACCCUAACCAAUGUCUUCAGUAGCUUGUUUGUGCUUCAGGAUAUUGUUACUGUCGUCCUAUCUUGUCAUCGCCAUUGUGAUGCGGAAAAGGUGUUUUUUAGCAGAUUAGGCUCUGUAAGUUCCAUCAUUGAUAGUAUAUUCAGAAAACUGCGAGGAUUUCUCAUGGUUAUUUCACUGGAUUGCACAAAGCUUGAACUUCUCGGAGAGGGAAAUUUUAACUCUUCGUCCGAUAAAUCCAAGGGUAGGCUCAGUGCAUCUAGUCGUAAGAAAAAAGGGAAGUCUCGAAACACAAAAAACCAAAAUCCUGCUCCAAAGAGAGAGGUAGAUGACCUUCCACCAGAAAAACCUGUUAAGGAUCUUGCGUACGAAUUGACUCAUAAUAAGAAAGCAGAUUUGACGGAGUCCACCAAGAUGAGUGAUAUACCUCAUGAUAAAGAUGUACAUACCCAACCAGUUGUUGGAAAAGGACGAGCUGCAUCAAGGAAGAGCCGUAAGGAAAAGAAUAAAAGCAAACGUUCUUGCAUCAAUGAUAAAACUGAAGUAAAAUCUUUCAAGAAGGCAGUCACAGGGCCUUCAUCAUCUUUUAUUUCUCAAGAUGAGGCAACAAAUUCCAAUGAGGUAUUGGACGAAUUAAGUAUAGGACAGAAUGUUCUAACUGAUGCAAUAAGUCAUAGCAACAAUCUUGAACCAAUUUCAAGUAUUAGUGGACCAGAUAAGCAACUUUUCAGGGAGGAUAUUGCCAUGCAUGUGCAAGAUCAUGAGGUUGGUUCAUCGAAUGGUUUCUCUCAUAUAGGUACAGGGUAUCAGCAGUACUCGGAAGAUAUUAUUGUGAAUGAAAUCAUUCCUACCAGAGAAGUGGAUUCAAAAUGUAAACGAGAAUGUAAUGUUUUGCCACCUAUUGCCCCAAAGCCUGGCUGUGUUCUCAUUGGAGAAGGCAUCAAUGAACCAAGAUCUCUUAGUGCAAGUAAAAUUCAGAAAAUUGCUAUUUCUUCUGAUGUAUCACUGAAUACGAUUGACAUUAAAGAGGUGGUUCCUGUGAUUCAGGUUAAAGAAAAAAAGUUUUAUAAUACUGCACCCUCGCCACAAUGCCUCUCAUAUGAGUGGCCUAGUGUAGCUCCAUUUUAUUUUCCGUCUAUAAAUUCACAUGUCCUAGCAGCCACUGAUAGACUGCACCUUGAUGUUGGUCACAAUUGGCACAAUCACAUUCGCCAACCUUUUUUGCCCACCAUGCAUCAGACAAGAAAUCCUUCUAUUGAAAGUGGCUGCAAUCGAAUCUUUGCUCGUCCAAUGCCAAUGAGUUUAGAUUGGCCCCCUAUGGUUCGAAGUGCUUCUGGAUUGGCUCCUUCACUUACAUGCAAUUAUGACUCUGGAUUUAUAUCUAGGCGACAUACAGCUUUUCAACAGAGUUUUGCUUCUCAAAAUUUUCAGUUUAAUAUGAUUGAGGAUGAUAGAAAGUAUUCUGGGGAAUUCGUUGACUUGCCAGAUCCUGCAAAUACGCCUGAAAUAGCUGAUGAAUAUGAGAGCCACUAUAUAUCAGAGGAAGAAUAUGAGGUGCAUGCUGUUUCUGGUAUGGACUAUAAUCAAUAUUUUGGUGGGGGUGUGAUGUACUGGAAUACUUCUGAUCUUCCAGGUACAGGUUUCUCUAGGCCUCCUUCCCUUAGCUCCGAUGAUAGCUCAUGGGCCUGGCGUGAAGCAGACAUGAGUAGGGCUGUUGACGACAUGGUUGCUUUCUCUUCAUCUUAUAGUACUAAUGGUUUGACUUCUCCAACUGCUACUCCAUUUUGUUCGCCUUUUGACCCUUUGGGUCCUGGACACCAGACAGUUAGUUAUGUUGUGCCAGGAAAUGAAGUGUCUAGCAAAGUGCUGCAUUCUGCAUCAGCAACGCCGGAUGGAGCAACUGAGGUGGAAGCUUCUGGAUCUUUGGCCAAUUUAUCCAAUGACUUUGAAGGGAAAACAGCUGAUUCGCUCCCUUACCCUAUUUUGCGUCCAAUAAUUAUUCCGAGCAUGCCAAGGGAGAAAAUAAAAUCAGACUUUAAGCGUGGUCAUGAUCAUAAAAGCCCACGUGUUGCACCAAAUAGGCGUGAGCAACCUCGGAUAAGACGGCCCCCCUCACCAGUGGUGCUUUGUGUUCCACGAGCUCCAUGUCCACCACCACCUUCUCCUGUGAGCGAUUCAAGGAAACUCAGGGGUUUUCCAACAGUGAGAUCUGGUAGCUCUAGCCCAAGACAUUGGGGUAUGAGAGGUCUGUUCUAUGAUGGAACUAACUCGGAAGAUGCAUGUGUUCGCAUGGAUGGUACUGAAGUUGUUUGGCCAUCUUGGAGAAGUAAGAAUCUUUCAGCCCAUCCAAUGAUCCAUCCUCUUCCUGGUGCUUUGCUGCAAGAUCAUUUGAUUGCAAUGUCACAACUUGCUCGUGAUCAAGAACAUCCAGAUGUAUCAUUUCCUCUACAACCACCUGAGUUACAGAGCUGUCCAGCACGAAAGGCAUCUCUCUCUUCAAUUCACAGGUUCCUUAAUGAUGAAAUUGACUCUUUCUGGAAGCAGGUUGCAGCUGAGAAUAUGGCUCGUAAGCCAUACAUUACUUGGGCUGUUAAGCGGGUUACGAGGUCUCUUCAAGUCCUAUGGCCAAGAUCAAGGACGAAUGUCUUUGGUUCAAAUGCAACUGGAUUAGCUCUUCCAUCAAGUGAUGUGGACCUUGUUGUUUGUCUUCCUCCAGUGAGGAAUCUGGAACCUAUCAAAGAAGCUGGGAUCUUGGAAGGACGUAAUGGUAUUAAAGAAACUUGUCUUCAGCAUGCUGCCCGGUAUCUUGCCAAUCAAGAGUGGGUAAAGAAUGAUUCUCUGAAGACUGUGGAAAAUACAGCUAUUCCGAUUAUUAUGCUUGUGGUAGAAGUUCCUGAUGACUUAAUAACUUCUGUGGGCUCUAAUGUGCAAUCACCCACAGAUGAACAAAUAGAUAAAACUGCUGAACAUGGUGACCAUACUCGUUCAGAUACUGUUGCCUUAGAAGACUCUGCUUCACCUAAGUGCUCGCAAAUAGGUGAUGGUAAUAUGAAGGGCGUCAAAUCAGUUCGUCUAGACAUCAGUUUCAAGACGUCCUCACAUACAGGACUCCAAAAUACUGAACUGGUGAAGGAGCUGACUGAGCAAUUUCCAGCUGCUACACCUCUUGCUUUGGUACUAAAACUGUUCUUAGCAGAUCGUAGCCUGGAUCAGUCUUACUCUGGUGGCUUAAGUUCAUAUUGUCUGGUGUUACUUAUUAUACGUUUCCUACAGCAUGAGCAUCACCUUGGACGGCCUAUCAACCAAAACUUCGGAAGCCUUCUGAUGGAUUUUCUUUACUUCUUUGGGAACGUGUUUGAUCCCCGGCAAAUGCGUAUUUCUGUACAGGGGAGUGGAGUAUAUAUAACCAGAGAAAGGGGUCAUAGCAUUGAUCCUAUACACAUCGAUGAUCCUCUUUUCCCAACAAAUAAUGUGGGGAGAAAUUGCUUCCGGAUACAUCAGUGUAUCAAGGCAUUUUCAGAAGCCUAUUCUAUUUUGGAGGAUGAGCUUAGCUGCCUAUCAAGUAACACCGAUUCAUCUUGUAACCCACCAUGUAUAUUGCUUCAAAAAAUCAUCCCAAGUAUCGCUUUAUCAUAGUGGCUUAGUUUUAGGAAUCUUCACUAAAGCUGAAGUCCUCACCACAAUGGGAGCAUUGGGUCUUGAUUAUUUACUGAAACUCCCUUUGGAAUGUGCUCCAUGUUGAUCAUUUUUCUAUUAUGCCAACCCGAUUCUUCAAGCAAUUUUUGAUGUUUGUGGCCAGAUAUUAUAGCCUCAAUCAACUUUUGGUGUGAUGCACAGCCAAUCUUGCAAUUGAUCAUUCCAAGUAAAUGAUGCUCCAGUUUAGUUCAAAAUUGAUUGUGCUACUUUAUGGUUCGAAGUAAAACUGAAAGGGAUGCCAAAAUGGAAUGUUGUGUUAAAUAGUUAGUUUGGAGCUGAGCUGAUUGUGGUGCCAUUGGCCACAGUUAGCAUAUGAACUCUGUCAUGCCAACUGAACAAAACAUUGUUCAUUCUAUCAGAUGCCAUUAUUUGUACGAAGGUACUUGUUAUGAUGGAAGGGAGAUUAGGGUUUGAUCAGAAGGAAUUGAGGAUUACUCGAGGAAGGCAUUUUGGGAAAAAAUGGAUGAAAUUGGAAAA